AUGGCUCGACUGCAGUGGAGGACCUUUAAUUCAAACGGUAGACAUCGCGUAGUGGUGACCAAACCACUUGUUGGUGAAAACUGGUUGGAAACGCUUCUAGCGGCGGACUGUCGGGUCGACCAGUGUCUCAGCGAGCGCAUCCUGUCGCGCGCCGAGCUUCGAGACGCUAUCGGGAGUCGCUGCGACGGCGUCGUUGGCCAGUUGACCGAACCCUGGGAUGAAGAGCUGUUUCGGGCCCUCAAGUCAGCUGGUGGAAAAGUCUACUCGAACGUCGCAGUUGGCUUCGACAAUGUUGACGUAUCGGCGGCGACACGGCACGGGAUUGCUGUCGGGAACACACCUGGCGUGCUCACAGAGACCACCGCGGAAAUGGCAGUGGCGCUGACGUUCGCCGCUGGCCGGCGCCUGGUGGAAGCGGACGCAUUCAUGCGGGCAGGCAAGUACAAAGGCUGGUUGCCUACCAUGUUUCUGGGAAAACUAUUCUACGGCAAGACACUGGGCAUCAUUGGUGCAGGCCGGAUUGGGUCCGUAUACGCGCUAACGAUGGCACGCGGCUGUCACAUGGACGUCGUUUACUACGACCAGUUUCAGAAUGAACAACUGGAACGCAAAGUGAGGGAGACUGGUUCAUUAUACCAGCAGCUUGGCGAACGAUGUAUAUCCAUUCGACGCGCUGAGACGGUAGAGGAGCUGCUCGAGGCAGCCGAUGUUGUCUCAUUGCAUACAGUUUUGGAUGCGAGCACGCGCCAUAUGAUUAAUAACGAGCGCUUGCGGCUCAUGAAAAAAGACGCUGUUUUGGUUAACUGUGGCCGAGGCCCCUUGAUCGAUGAACGUGCCUUGGUCCAACACUGUCGCGAGCAUCCCGAUUUCCGCGUCGGCUUGGAUGUCUUCGAGAACGAGCCCAAAAUGGCACCUGGUCUUGCGAGUCUUCCGAACGUCGUCGUUGUGCCGCAUAUUGCCUCAGCAACUGUAUGGACACGCACGGGCAUGAGCACCCUGGCGGCUGCGAAUGUGGCUGGGAUUAUUCGCGGUGAUCCAGUUUGGAACCAACCGGACGUGUUGGCUUUCGUGGAUGCCCCCAGUGUCGCCGCGAUGCCGCGGGCAGCGCCCAGCAUUGUGAAUGCCAAAGAGCUAGGCUUACCACAGUACAAACAAAUGAGUCGCCUCUAG